UUUGCUCAUGUCCCUCUACCUCCACUGCUCACAGGAAAACCUCACAAAUAUCUAGAUACUUCAAGAUAUUGCGAUUUCGACAAAAGCAAUGAACACAAUACAGGAGGAAAUAAUAUGAAUAGAUCUCAACCAUCCAUUUCUUUUAAAAUUAAUCAAGGGCUGAAAUUAAAAGAACACCAAAAGAGCAUUGUAUGUUUCACACUCCUGAUUCUUUCCCUGUGACGAUUUGCUCUGUUCUGAGAUUCCCCUGUUUCCACACCAAAAACCCGCCGGCCACCGCAACCGCCACCGUGCCACCUGAGCCUCCGUCGGCAUAGACUCUAUCACCGCCGGAGGAAUCUCAACUCGAAGCUGCUCCCUCCAUUGUCGACGCCUGGAGGAGAAACGGUUACUAUUGUUGGCAUCAGUCAAGAGUCAAGACAGUUAACAUGAGUGAAGAGUUUGAUUCUAAAGGAAUGGCUAUGGAUCUCUUGCAUCAAUUGGAGGACAUCCUUGAAUCUGAUGCUCUAAUAGAUGAGCUGGGGUUUAUUCAUCCAUCCCAGUUUUCCGUGUUGAAUGAAGAAUCAGGUGUUUCAACUAAUUUAUCUGAUGAAGCUAUCCAUCAAUCAACAAACAGUUUACCAAGCUCUGAGGGAUGUUCCAAACAAGAGAACCUAUACUUCUGGAACAGAGAUCAUAAAUUGGGAAUUUCAACUCGUGCUAUUGUACCAUUAUAUAGAGCUGCUAAACAUGCAUUUAUGACUACAUUAAACCAAUACAGGAAGUGUGGCAAACAAUCUGACAAGGUUGUAAGUUGUUUACCAGCCUCUGCAUCCUGUGACCAUCUUGAGAGUAUACUUUUGAGACACAGCAGGUCUCUUCUGCUGCUAAGCUGUGAUUUUAUGACUGCUUGGAAUUGUAGAAAAUUAGUAGUGUCCCUGAAGAAGCAGGUUUCAAUGUUUGUAGAUGAACUUCUACUGUCAGAACUUGUGCUCUCACAUUCACCCAAAAGUGAACAAGCUUGGAAUCAUAGGCGGUGGGUGAUCAAGUCAAUCUCCACAAACUGUUCAAAUUUCAAAGAGAUUUUGGGAAAAGAAUCUGAGCUGGUGGAAAAAAUAGCUGAGAGAUCAAAGAUGAAUUAUCGUGCAUGGAAUCACCGUUGCUGGUUAAUCUCAUACAUGACUACAGGACAGGUUCUGGAUGAAUUGAAGAAAUCCAGAAGUUGGGCAGCGCUGCAUGUUGCUGAUAAUUGUGUUUUUCAUUAUCGCCAACGGCUAUUGCAGAAGAUUAUGGAUGACCGAAGUGGUGUGGAAGAAACUGCAUCUUAUGGUUAUGGUGCUGAUAUUUCCCAAGCCUUGAAGGAUGAACUUGAUUGGAAUCAAACAUUGAUUAAGCGUUAUGUCGGUAGAGAGGCUCUAUGGCUUCAUCGACGGUUCCUUUCCACGUGUUGGAUAAGUAAUUUUCUAAUUGAUUCUGGUGAUGGCAAGGAGAAAAUUGGCAUGUAUCAUGACUUUGGAACCUUUAUACAGAAUGAGUUAUCUCUCCUUCACUCCAGCACAGCUUUUACUGAUGAUGAUUUUGCGGAUUUCCAAGCACAAGCCUCAUAUUCUGCUAGUUACAUGCUAUGGCUGAAAGUGCAAGUCCCCAAGCCUCUGCAAAAUGAGUUCCUUGAGAAGAUAAGAGAUGUAGAUUUGAAGACCUUGCUGGAUAAGUUAUGCCCAGAGAGAUCCUCACUAUUCAAUUACUUCAUCAGCUAGAUGGUAGCAUGAGAGCUAUUUGAGAGUUGGUCUGAUUUUUUAUUCUAUCAAUUAAAUUCUUUUAUUCUAGGGAAAAGUACAAAUUAACCCCCUGGAGUUUUGCUCAUGUGUGACUUAGUCCCGACAUUUAAAAAUGCGCAUAUACUCUUAAACUUUUUAAAGUGUGUAAAAUGAUGCAUUUGUUAAUAUUUAUGUUAACUUUUACACUAA